AUGACACAAAAAAGUUUUACAAUUUAUGCUACAGAUUCAACUGAAACUAAUAAGAAGAAUCAUAUUAUAAAAACUUACUCAUUUAACACAGAUGAUGAUGAUACAACACUGGUGGCAAAAUCUCUUGUAGUUCCCAAUCAUAAAUUAGUAUCAGUAAAUUCUCCGUCAAUUGAUAAUGGUAAUAUUGAUGAUGAUUCAUCAGAAGCUACCAGCAAACCCAAAACAAAAAGAUCACGACAAACACAUGAUUCUGAGAAAAAACUCGAGAACAAAUGUCCCCCAUUAAAGAAAUAUCCAUGGUUUAUGAAGAUCGAUUGGUCAAAACCUUUAUUAAUCGUGGGUUCAUUAAUCUUUCUUUAUUUGAUAUGGACGAAACAAGACAUAUGGAUUCCUCGAUUGUUAACAUCAAAUGCUCGUAUUCAACGUACUGUCAUUGUACAAGAUAGAGAAAUAUCAGAUGAGUUAACAAAUGUAUCUUCAUAUCCAUCGCUAACAAACACAUCAAAAGAUUCACGACCGAAAUCUACUCGUAAAGAAGAUACUAUCGAAAAUAGUGAAGAGAAAAAUGAUGAUCAAGAUAAUAGUGAACGGACUAACAUUAGAAACAAUGAAGACUCAACAGGUUCUUCUACUAAAUCAAGUAGUAGUCAUAGAAUCCAUAUUCGAAGUCGAAGAGUCAAAAUGAGUUUUUCUAAAGAACAUGAGAAGAGGAAAUAUCAUUCUUCAAAAAAUCUUCUUAUCGAUAAUGAUUUAGACGAUAUUAAUGAUGCAGAACAAUAUAUACCAAUCACACCAAAUCAAUCAAUUUUAUUAUCACGCCAUUCGCGAAAGAAACGUCGUCAUCGUGAAAUUAUUCCAUAUGAAAGUUUGAAGACUAUUAUUCCUCUAAAAUCCAGAAUACGUUUAUCUACAUAUAAUGACAUUAUUGGUCAAUUUAGAAAAAAUCUUAAAUCUCAAAGUCGAAGUCGACGUCGACAGUUUUUAUCAACAUUAUCGAACACAACUGGUUUAAGCAAAAAUAAACUACAUCGAUUUAUUUAUAAAAAAGAUUUUCGUCUUUUAAAUAUUCAAACAUUUGUUUCUAUUUUAGAUACAUUUCAUUUAAAGCUUUUAAUUGUACCAAAACAGGUUUAG